AUGCAAGAGGAACGAAAUUCGAAAAAAAUUGGUCGCAUUCUGCUUGGUGUUUUUGGAGGAGUUGGUCUUGGUCUAACUGUGCUUGCUGUUCCUUUUUUAACACCAGCAUUACGACGUCAUGCACUUCCUUAUGUACCAGCAACUCGCGAACAAUUAGAUAAUAUAUUCAAUUUAUUGAAACAAUAUUCAUCCAAACAACGUAAACAUCUUGUUGAUCUCGGAAGUGGUGAUGGACGAAUUGUAUUUGAAGCAGCUCAACAAGGUUUUCCACGUGCAACUGGUAUUGAACUAAAUCGUGUACUGAUUUAUUAUGCUCGUUUAAAAGCAUUUUCAUCUAAUCAAAGCAGUAUUUGCCAAUUUAAACGAGCAAAUCUUUGGAAGCACGACUUAUCAAAAUAUGAUACAAUUGUUUUAUUUGGCGUUGAUUCAAUGAUGGAAUCAUUAUUAAAAAAAUUAUCAAAAGAAAUUACAGACGAAAGUGUUGUUGUAACAUGCCGUUAUCAAUUUCCAAUAAAACACGAUCGUACCAUUGGCGAAGGAAUCGAUGCCGUUUGGCUGUAUAAUUCUCAAACGAUUCGAGAACAAAAUUUGAAAAAUUAG